UACCGACAUAUUGAUCUGUGUAAACUCAACUCAACCCACCCCCUCCCCACAUACAGCUUAGUGUCAUUACGUGGUUAAUGUGUAUUGGAUUUUCUAUUAGCAUUACAUACAAUCCGGGGGACCUUGAUUAAGUGAACACAGCAUAUCGCACACUAUCCAUUAGACAACCUUUCACAAAUGUGGUUGACAAAAUGAGGUUGUAACACGAAGCCACACGGCCAUCUUUAGGGAGCGUACAAUGUCCAUAAGGGGAGGGUCGGUGCCUGUAUGGGGAGGGUCAUGUAUAGCAUCUUUGGAAUGGGGGAAAGGUCAUACAAAAAUCAUUUUAACCUUGGGGAGGGUCGGUCAUGUAAAUAUGUCGCAUGGGACUUUCUGCGCGUACCGACACCCUCCUCCAGUACAUAACGUACUGUCCCUAACCUCGUCACGGGGCUCACCUGUAGACAACACUGGAACAAGAAGCACAACAAGUGACAGUGGCGACAAACAUCGUACCUGUACGGCGCAGGUGUUUCUACAGGACCCACCCCACGCCAGCUUGGCGACAGUAAAGAUGACUUGGAAGAGGAGUCCCGUGGGAGGAGUAUUGUUUGUGGUCCUGGCCUGCCUGUCCUAUCUGUUCGGUACCAUGUACGUGGUGACGCCGUGGUUCCCGCUCAUGCUGGUACGGCCUACCUGGUAUAGAUGGGUGGUGGACCAUCUCAUCGCCUGGUACUGGUACUUCUUAGUGGCACUACUAGAGCUGGUGUACGGUAUAAAGGUCCGUAUCACCGGAGACAGUAUCAGGCCUGGAGAGAGAACCCUGCUGGUCAUGAACCACCGGACCCGGCUGGACUGGAUGUUCCUCUGGAUGUACCUCAUCCGCCGGGGACAGCUGUCCAACGAGAAAAUCAUCCUCAAGAACGAGCUCAGGAAGGUUCCUGGAGUAGGUUGGGGUCUGGAGACUGGCUGUUUCCUCUUCAUCACACGUAGAUGGGAGGAGGACGAAAAGAUUCUCAAGAAGGUUCUGGACUAUCUGGCGUCUAUCGGCCACAGGACACAGCUGCUGCUCUUCCCUGAAGGCACAGACUUCACCGAGUACACCAGGAAAAGAAGCGACGCGUACGCCGAGAAGUCCAACCUUCCUAAGUACGAGUACGUCCUGCACCCCAGAACUAAAGGGUUCGUGUACAUCACGGAGAAACUCAUCAAAGAGCACAAUCUCGACGCCAUCCAUGACAUCACAGUCGGCUAUCCUAACGGGAAGGCUCAGAGGGAGGCGGACCUGCUCGCCGGCCGCUUCCCGGAGGAGGUCCACUUCCAGGUGCGGCGCCACCCCCUCCACACCCUCCCCACAUCCCCCGGGCAACUCGAGCAGUGGUGCACCACCCUGUGGGCGCAGAAGGAACUGCAGCUGAAGGAAUUCUAUCAGAAGAAGAAGUUUCCUGACACAAAUGUGCUGGAGGGAGGAACAUCGGGCGAUCCGCUGCGAGAACUAAAAAUGAGAGCCCUCCUCUGGCUUUCAGUACCUUUCUUCCUGACUGUUAUACUUGUCGUACCGUAUCUGAUGGCCACCUCGACAUCUUUUCUCAUCUCAGCCGUCGUCAUCUGUGCCUUUUACAUCGUGCAGCGCGCGGUGUUCGGUGGAGCAGAGCAUUUCCAGAUAGAUCUGUACAACGCGCUCCACAAAACAUAACCUCAAAGUCGGAAUCAUUUAUUGUGGAAG